AGAGAAAUAUACAACUAUAAGAAGUGCCUGUUAUCAUCCUAAUGCUUUACUAAUUGACCAUACACCAACUGGACAUUGUACAUUAUGAUCAAGUUCCUAAUUUUCUCUUGUGCGUUGGUCGCAGCUUCUGCUGUCGUCAUUCAUAACUACAAGGACUGUGGUUCCCGUGACGGACUUGUCAAAUCAAUCGACAUCAGCCCUUGCACAGCAGAACCUUGUAAAUUGAAACGUGGAACAAAUGUGACAAUCGCCAUUACCUUUACUUCAAAAGUCGAUACAAGACGAGUAACAACAUCAGUUCACGGAAUUCUGGGAUUUAUACCAAUUCCAUUUCUGGGAAUCCCUAAGGAUUCAUGUGCAAAUCAUAAUGUAGAUCAUUGUCCAAUCAUGAAUGGCGAAACAAUUGUAUACUCAAACCAAAUAUAUGUAAAUCCGAUAUUUCCAUUGGUUAGAGUAACCGUGGAGUUCGAAGUGAAGGAUGACCAUCACGAUAUGGUAUGCUUCAAGUUCCCAACAGAGAUUGUAUUGUCUAUGUAUUUCUAUGUAACUACUACAACAGGUAUUGUCUAUUUAACUACUACAACAUGUAUUGUCUAUGUAACUACUACAACAGCAAAAAUGGAAACAUCGACAACAUCUCUGAUUCUUCUGAUGUUUGCUGGGUUGUCGGUAGCGAUAGAUAUUCAAUUCAAAUACUGCAAGGAUGGACCCCAGAACGUAAAAAAAGUCAACAUUAAUCCUUGUGAUAAACUUCCGUGUGUUUUCCAUCAUGGUGUAAAUGUAACAGUCAAAGUGGAUUUUGUUUCACCUGCAAGUUCUGCCUCGCUGGAAGCCGAAAUUUUUGGCAUACUCGCAGGCAUUCCAAUAAAAUUCAACAUGCCUAAUCCAAAUGGUUGUAAUGAUUGCGGAAUAACCUGCCCUAUCAAACAAAAUAUGGAAUAUGUAUACAGCAGUGAAUUUUUCGUCAUGAAGAGUUACCCGAACAUCCAGCUUGCCGUUCAAUGGGACUUGAGGGCUGCCAACAAGGACUUUUUGUUUUGUUUUGAAUUUCCAAUGACAAUAAUAGACUAAUAAUAAAUUAGAUUAAACCGUG